GUAAAUUGAAAUGUAAGUAUCUUUAAAAUCUGUCAUUAUCUGACAAUAAAUUAUUUACUGAUAAUCAUAGAUGAUAAUAUAAAUCUGUAGGUAAUUUAUGGGAUUUAUUAAUCAAUGCAUUUUUAUCUCAAAUAAAUCGGAAAUGUAAAGAGAAGCGAUGUCUCUCAUAAAGCUUCUCAAAUCGUCCAAAUUGUUCAAGAAAGACGUUAUCACAUUUCUGAUCAUAAAACGAUAUGAUCUUGGCGUAAUUGACGACAAACUUCAUUACAUAGCCGUGAAGCCGUCAGCGUCAGUAUCCCAACUUCGACAUAAAGUGUGGCACCUCCUCGACCUUCCAGACUAUUGUGAAGAGAUCAUCAUACUGAAAACUGAGAAAGACCAUGAAAUACCACUAACUGAACUCCGUAAAGGCAACAAUCCGCAACAUCCUUACGUUAUGGAGGUUUGGUUACCAGGGAAGAAGAGUUGUUCAACGUCAAUACAUAACAACAUGCUGACGAUGGGAGACAAGAAAACCUUAAACGGUGUACCACAAGAGAAUCUGAAAUCAAACAAUUGUAUUUUCGAAGAGGCAGCUAACCAAGAAAUGAACGAAAAAUCUUUUGGGACCGAAAUUUCGCGCACGACUAUUCUAUACAACACCAAAGCCCUUAACAAGUUACGCGUGAUGGAGCAGGACAGCAAUCAGAAGCUCCCAGGCACGGAAUACAAAAAAUCGGAACUCUCCUGCAAAAUGUCGUCAUCGUCGAUAUUUUUCAAACUUCACGGAAGAAAGAGUCGAGACAACUUCGUGAACAUUCUGCUCAAAAUACAAAACGAUUUGACAACUUUAGGCAAUAAACUGUCUGAUUUGGAAAAUCGGAUACACGUUUGAAUAGUUUGCUGAUCGCACGAGUCGCGCGUGUUCUACGCAAUGCAACGAAUGUGCGAUCAAUAUUUAUCUUAGGUAGAACGCGACCAGAUCUAUUUGCCCAUUUCUAUCGCUUUCUGUCGCUCAGAAAAAUAGUUGAAUAGAGCAAGACAGAUUGCUUGCAAGAAUCGAUAUGCGGAUCCUGAAUAGCUCUUGCAAGCAGUCUUUCUCGUUCUAGUGAUGGGUUUUCCAAGUGAAAGAAAGGGAUGGGGAUGUGGAAGAAAUGCUAUUGCGGGCGGGUAAUUCUAGUCCAGUCCUGUCCAGUCAUAUUUUUUUAUUGUUGGUUGGUUCUGUAAAUUAGUGUUGUAAUAAUAAAAACAUCUUGUUCUAGUAAAAAUAGUUUUACUCUCCAGAUUAAAAUAAAUAAUAGUUAUUGUAUAAACAAUAAUAUACAACAAUACUUAAAUAAAAAAAUAGUAUUAAUACAUUCAUGUAGUAGUAUACAUUUACUUCUCUUCAUCUACUUUAUAUGGAUCGAUUGAUAUUUUUAUGUACUUACAAAUUAUAAAAGUUUUAUCGAUACUGGUAAAAAAUUGUGCAAUAAUAAAGGCUCAUUUUUACUGGGCGAUAAAUUGGUCGACACAGCAUGCGGGAACACCCCGCAGGCGAAUUAUCCCGGCUAGUGAGAUAUAUUAACCGGUCAAAACUCCGGUUCGUCAAAGUACGCGGGAUAUCCCGCAGGCGAUGAAGUUCACAGUUCAGCAAAAAGGAAUGUUUUACAAAUCUGCACUC